AUGGAUAUUGAUCUGGCACUUCGUGAGGACAUGCCACCUGUCCCCACAGAAGAAAUUACGCCAGAGGAGAAAAAGUUGUAUGAGAGGUGGGAGCGGUCAAACCGCUUAAGUCUUUUACUCAUACAAAAUCAUAUCUCCAGAAAGAUAAGGGGUUCAAUUUCUGAUUGCAAAACUGCAAAAGAAUUCUUAACAGCAGUAGAAGAGCAAUUUGUGAGUUCAAAGAAAGCCCUAGCCAGCACCUUAAUAUCAAAGUUUGCUUCCUUAAAGUAUAAUGAUAAUGGUGGCAUACGCGAGCACAUUAUGGAAUUACGUGACAUUGUUGCCCAAUUAAAAUCAUUGGAAGUAGACAUGUCAGAGACUUUUCUUGUACACUUUGUUCUUAAUUCUCUGCCUAUGGCAUAUGCACUAUUUAAGAUCUCAUACAACACACACACAGAAAAAUGGACUAUGAAUCAACUUCUAGCCAUGUGUGUUGAUGAGGAGUAG